AUGUCUCCUUCAUACUCCACCCAUGGCGGACACGCGCCUUCACAAGCUUGUGUCUCAUUCUCACUGCGACCCGCCCCGUGGGACAAGAGCAAGAUUCUGGUCCAUCCUUUGGGCUACCCUGCUGAAGCUCCGCCUAUGUACUCCAUCAUGAUCGAUAAAGAUAAUGCCCCUAAUGUGGUGAUCGUUCGUGGCUGGGGCAGAGGUCCCAUGGACCUUAUCGGCGAUGCUCGACUUCCAAGCCUAUCGUCUAAAAUACCCCUGACAUUUUACGGACAAUCAAUGAUUAUGCAUCUGAGCCAGAUGUCUGGCAACUGCACACUGGACUCACCUACUUUGGGCCGGUUAAAAUGGAAAGCCAACAUGUUGACUGGGAAGAAGAUGGAGUUGCACGAUGCUGCUGGACACACGUUGGCCAAGUUUCGAUCCGGAAAUCAAAAAGGCGAGAAAAUGCUGGAAAUUUUCAUGGCGAAUGACAGUCCUUUCUUCGAAUUGGUAAUGCUAUCGGGCCUGACUGCCAAAACCGCGAAAUCAAUAACAGAAGCGACUGGGGAGAUGCUGGGGGCCAUCUUAGGGGCCUGA